GUUAACGUUUAAAUAUAUCGUCGACCUAGAUUGAUAAUAUCCUAAACAUUGAUAAUAGUAUUUUGUGAAAAAUAAUUUUAUUUAGUUCAGAAUAUUAAACUAUCGUACAAUUGUAUAAUAAAAUGGGUGCAUUUGUUAGUCGACAAAAUGCUAGAGUAGAAGAAGUGGAUAACAACUCCAAUAAUGCUUAUAAGUAUCCACCAAAGUCUGGAAAUUAUUUCAGCACUCAUUUCAUCAUGGGUGGAGAAAAAUUUGAUACACCACAACCAGAAGCAUAUUUGUUCGGUGAAAAUAUGGAUUUGAAUUUUUUUAGUAAAUGCCCUACUACAUUCCCUUACCCACCACCUGAGGCUGGAGAACCAACUAAACCUCUAAAAAGUUUGGUUAAUAUUAGAAAAGAAUCGUUGCGUUUUGUACGCACCGAAGAAGGCAAAACUAUAUUUAAUAUAGAAUUUACUUUUGAUUGUGAUGCACCAUGUUCAAUAACCAUUUAUUAUUUUUGUACUGAAGAAUUUACACCUAGUGGAGUUUCAUUUAAUUGCCGUGAUCCAUCUAUGACAUCUGAAGUUUAUCAUUAUAAACGUGGUUCAAAUCAACAAUUCAUACAACCAUUACACAUGUUUGAUCCCAGUAUAUAUAGUACUGAAGAUUUAACAUAUAUAUUUAACAAAGAAGUUAUUCCAAUUGCCAUACAUUGUGUGGCUCAUGAUACUUCUGAAGAAACACGUCAGUCGCAUACUACAAUUGCAGUAGUAGAACAAUAUUCUGAUGGUUCUUACAUUUUAAAAGCUUUAAAACAAAAGUUGUUUGUUGAUGGUCUAUGCUAUUUGCUUCAAGAGAUAUAUGGCAUUGAAAACAAAAUAACAGAACCUAAAGAUUCUGGAGAUGAAGAUUUAGAAGAUGGUAGUUCUGAAUGUGUUAUUUGUAUGAGUGAUAUGCGAGACACAUUAAUUUUGCCUUGCCGUCAUUUAUGUUUGUGUCAGUCAUGUGCAGACUCUUUACGAUACCAAGCAAAUAAUUGUCCAAUAUGCCGAGUGCCAUUUCGAGCUCUUUUACAAAUUAAAGCUCUACAAAAAACAUUAGAUAAUAAUCAUAGAAUUGAUUUACGUACUCCAUAUGGUUAUGAAACUGUUCCUUUAAUUGAAGCUCUUAAUGGUCCAAAUUUUCGACGUUAUAGUAAUGCUACUAAAGUUCCUAGUGAUCCUUUAUUGGAAUCCUCACCAGAUAGUCAUUGUGUUGGGCUCACUAUGUCUAAAAUGAGUUUAGACAGGCUUUCAAGAAAAAAAUCUUGCAGUUUAGAUUCUCAUGGUGAAUCAUUAAGUCCUAGUGAUAACUCUUUAAGUUCCAAUGCAGCUACUUCGAGUAGUGAUAAAUCUUUCAAAGGAUCUAAUAAAGAUGAUGUAAAAACUAAAAAUCCAGUUAAGUGUAAGGACAAAGUAAAAAUAAUAAAUGAAAAAGCUAAUCCAGAAGAUGAGAUUCAUGAUGAAGACAGUGAAGCAGAAAAAAUGUCUCCUUUAUUAGAGUCUGAAAAAAGUAUUGAAAAGAAAGUUGAAAAUUCACAACCUAUUGCUGUUGAAAAAAAAGAAAUUAAUGUUAUUCUAAAUCAUGGAGCAGAAGAUGCCGAAUGUUAUGGUGAAUGCGCUGCACGAAUGUUAGUUACACAUCAUAAUGAAAAACCUCAACUUUCAAUAUCUCAGGAGAGGGUAUCAUUACCUGGUACUCCAAUGAGUACAGUAAGCCAACGUUCAAGUGGUGAGAGUUAUACAUCAGUUGGUUCUUCUCGUUUGUUAUUAGCAGCUUAUGAAAAAACCACACCAGUAUAAAAUAGAAUAACAUCAAUUUAAAUGUGCUACACAAAAAACUAAUUUUGACUAUAAUCUAUUUAUUUCUUUAUUUUUAUAAUUAAUUAU